UAGUAGUUCAUUCAACCAAAGAGAGAACAUUGAGCAUAAACAUAAUUAGUUCCCUGUUUUAGUUGUCAUCAAAUAUGGGUGUAGUAGGAACUUCUUUCAUGCCAAAGACAAGCAUGAUCCAUUUCCAAAGUUUCAAGCCUAACCAACACAAAAACAACAUUUCUUCAGUAAUAAGAUGUAGAGCCCCAACUCCUCCACCAAUUCAGCCAGUUCGAAGACCUCCACAAAUAAAUAGUGUGUUGAGGGUUACACCAAUAGCAACAAACCCGAGAGAGGAUCAGAGAGUUGCUAUUCCAAGUUCCGUCGUCAUCGUUGAUGUUGAAGAUGAUCAGAAAAACCAGAGGGCAUUAGAUUUAACUGCUCGCCGCUGGAACUCUACAUCGGCGCAUUAAUGGUAGGGUGUAAAAUUGUUGGUUCCAAAUCUUUUUAAAAUUAAUUACUGUACAUCCCAUUGAGUUUCAAGAUAACUUGUAAUGGUAGGCAAAGUCUUUACAGUUGUCAAAUAAGAGAAUACUAUGUAGUUUGUGUGCAGAAAUAGCCUCAUAACUUCAAACACUAAGGUUCGAAGUUGGGAUGUUGAUGUAAUAUUCUGUAUAAUAACUCACUUCCACAGUCAUUC